UAUUAAUUUAAAGUUACUGGUGUCGCGCCACUUAAGUCACGGUACACCAAAUCAAGAAGUAAUUUUAGUUCCUCGAUCUUAUUCCUGCAGAUGCUGAAUCCGAGAAUGUCCUAGGAUCCAAUAUGCUCCGAAAGGCUCCCCGCUUGGAGCAUAAGAAAUCGACAACUGGGUGUCGCAGGUGCAAAGCAAGGAAAGUAAAGUGUGAUGAAAUUCGACCGAAAUGUAGCCAAUGUGCCCGCCAUCUUGUUGACUGCGAAUAUCCGGCGCUGAAAAUUCAAACCUUUACUCCCGACAAAGGAAUAUCUAAGCGGAUCAGAAAGAGCCAGGUUUCUGAACGUCAAGAUGUUGUUUCUCCUUUGCAGAGAUCAUUCCUAGGCUCAAUCUUCCCUGUUCUGCUUUCUGAGCCUGAGUCAAGCAUCUUGCUAAGUCUUCGCCUACUUCAUCAUUACCUCACACAUACUUCGGGGACUCUUAGCAUGGCCGGAGACCCGCAAGUGCGACGCAUGUGGGAUAUCACCGUUCCAGAAAUGGCCUUCGAACACAAGCCCCUUUUAUAUACUCUGUUCGCCGUGUCUGCCCUUCAUCAGUCAAAGUCGAUGUUAAUGGAACACAAAUGUUGGAAUAGUCAUCAAUUCUACCUUGACCUUGCUCUCUUUCAGCAUAAGAAAGCCUUGGCCGAGUCAGCAGGACCAAAAUUUGAAUCCAUCUGCAUGACAACCAUCUUGAUUUCGUUCUAUACCUUGGCUCUCAGGUCCAAUAUGCCCACUGGUCCAUACGAGCCACCUAUGCUGUGGCUGUCCAUGUCACGUGGGAUCCGGCCAGUCCUCACACAGGUAUACGACAGGCUUACGAUGCCUGGAGGCAGGCUCUUGCCUCUCCUUCGUGCGAAACCAGUCAUUGAACACUUACCAGACGAAAAUCAGCUUGAAAACAAUGCUAAGGGAACUUUUUCAUUCCUUUUGCAUUGUCAAGCAGAUAUAGAAUAUGUUGAUCAAGUAUCGAUGGAUGCAUAUAAAUAUGGCGUAUCCUACCUCGACGUCAUGUACCUUGCACUCAGAAACCAUGAAUCUGAGUUCCAAAUACGAAAGCGACUGUGUGCAUUUCCUCCUAUUAUGACAGAAAGGUUUCUUCAACUGCUAUAUCAGCGACGACCUCGCGCUUUGGUCAUCUUGGCGUACCUUUUCGCGUUGGUGAGUGGUGCAGACAACGUCUGGUGGCUCCGUGGCAUCCCAGAGCAAGAGAUUCGUGGAAUCAAUAGUAUAAUGCCUGCAGAAUGGCGGUGGGCAAUGAAGUGGCCAUUGAAUGUUAUUGAAUCAGGGAUGGAAAUGAUGUUUCAUAAGUGAUCUACGACUAUUUCAUUUCUUGUGCGGAAAGGCGUUACCGUGGAGAUUUGUUUAAUUAUUGAGAGCAAAUAUACUUUAUAGCUUGUUUAUAGAAUCAAGUUCGGAC